AGAGGAUCCUGGGAGGCCCGGAGCCCGAGAAGCCCAGAGCCCAGCAGGUUUUCGGGCGCUAAGAAGCCCCGCCCCUGCUCUCCCGGUCCUCCACAGCCUCGGGGCCCAGUACGAGCCGGGGCCCUACCCAAGGGCCCAUGACUCGCGCCGCGCCUCCCUCGCCGCUUCGGAGCGCUCACCGCGCCCCUUCUCGUCGUCCUCGGCCCUGGCUCCAGCUGCAGCGGAAGUUCGGACAGGGAUAUGAGCGGGAAGAGGCUGAGACAAGCCGGGAUGACCGCCGCCGCAGCCCGACGCGCUCGGGAGUGGGGCCCUUCGCUUCCUGGAGCGCCUCAGAAGCCGAUCCCAUGACGGAGCCCAUUGUGAUUUCAGAUGACAGCGAUGACGAGCCUCGUAGCCCCGUCAGAGGCCCCGGCGCUGGCCGAGCCUGCAGAUCCCGGCGGACCCGCACCCGAGGCGGACACCGGACCCGAAGCGGACGCCGGACCCGAAGCGGACGCCGGACCCGAAGCGGACGCCGGACCCGAGGAGCCGAAUCCGUGUGCAGUUCCCACGUCGUGGUUGAUUUUAUCGACUUAACCAAAGACGCUGACCCAGUAGUGAAGACCCCCGAUGGACUCAGCUUCAUCGAUCUGACAGAGGUGGAGGAGGAGGAGGAGAGUCUCUUUAACUCUGUUUAUGCGUGUGAGAACAGUAUGAACCUAGAUCUGGACCCCAUCUCUUGUUCCCCAAAGAAGAAUUCCCGUUCUGUGGCAGGAGCCAGCUGCCUCGUCAAAUGUGAGGUAGCGCAGCAGACUGACAAAGACUCUCAGUUCCUGGAGAAGGAAGUAUGUGACAGUCUAAGUUCUGCUCAGGAACUAAUUCAGGACGCUGAAUUUAAAGAUUGCCUCUCUCCAGUAUCCAGUGGUGAGGAUUCUGUGUGUAGCUCAGAGCAGAACUGUAGUACAACUACCUUCAAUAGUGAUCUGGGCUCUUUGGCAAGUUUACAGAUCUCUUCAGAUGUUUUCUCACUCUCUCCAGAUAGCAGCAGCAGUGACAGUAAUACCCAAAAUGCAUCAGUGCCCUGUUUCCUGGAAGGCUUUCCUGACUCGUGCCCUAGUGACUGGCAGAAUAAGAAUAACUCUCCUGAUAGCGCUAGUCUGUGCCAGAAAGACUUCUCUCACCUUCCACAGUGUUUCUCCACAGAGCAGGUUCCCUGGGUUUCUGCCCUGGAGACCCAAGACAAGGCAGAGAAGCCCAUGCCAGUGGCUGCUACCCCAGAGCCUGUGGUAGAUUUACCCAGGAAACCCUGUCUGCACAGAUUAAGAUAUUUCUUUAGACCUCCAGUGCAUCACCUCUUCUUCCAAGCACUAAUACAAGACAAAGACGUCACAGAGAACAAGGAACAAAAGAGAGAACCCAUUCCCCAGCGAAGACUGCGAAUGGUGUUCAGCACCAUUGAAGAAAACGUCCCACAAGAGACUUUGCAAUUCCUCAUGGAUUUUGUGUCCCCCCAACAUUACCCACCAAAGGAGAUUGUGUCCCAUGUCAUCAAGGAUAUCCUACUAGGGUCUGGAAGUAUGGCUGUCAUGAAAGAGGCCUACAUGCUUCUAAUGAAAAUUCAACAGCUACAUCCAGCCAGUGUUACCUCUGUGGAGUGGGACUGGAAGCUGCUCACUUAUGUGAUGGAAAAACAGGAGGAAGAGCUGCCUGGCCGAAUGCUCUUUCUGCGCUAUGCAGUGCAGACCCUGGAGGAUGAUUUUCAGCAGGUCCUGAGGCGGCAACAGCAUCACCUGCAACAAUCCAUUGCAAGUACUAUGCUUUCCUGUGAUAAGCAGCCCCAUCAUAUCAGGGAUAUCAUCCACUGGCUGGUUGGAGCUGUGACUGGGGAUGGGUUUGAUAAGAAGGAAGGCCAUCAACAAUCCUUUUUGGGAAUCCCCCAGGACAAGAGCAGCAACCACCUCCACCCACCUGAAAACCCUGGAAGGAGCAAAAGUCAAUUGGUAAUUUUACAUCUCCAGAGGAUGCUGUCUCUAGCUGUUGAAGUGGACAGGACCCCAACCUGCACCUCAAAUAAAAUUGCAGAGAUGAUGUUUGGAUUUGUGCUGACCAUUCCUGAAAGGAGCCAAAGGGAAAUCUUCUUUGCAACAAUGGAGAGUCACCUCUUGCGCUGCAAAGUACUAGAGGUUUUAUUCCUCCACAGCUGUGAAAAGCCUACUUCCCUACCACUCUCUCUUGCCCAGACCCUCUAUUUCCUCAACCAUUCAACAUCACUGCUCAAGAAUCAGUCUGAUACAAGCCAGUGGCAGAGUUGGGAUGAGCUGGUUGAACAUCUGCAAUUUCUCUUAUCUAGUUAUCAGCAUGUGUUAACAGAGCACUUGAGGACUUCAGUCAUUGAAAGGAAGGAUCUACUUAUCAAGAAGAUUAUGCCCCAUCUACAGGAUGGUGAUGAUAUCACUUCACUGGAUGUGGAAGUGGAGUUCAAGGCUUUCCAAGUUCGACUAGCCCGAGAGCUUGGAGAACCCUUAGUGCCCCAGCUCCAGGAGAAGGUAUUCAUGCUCAAACUACUCCUCCUCUGUGCAACCAACAAGAGCUUCAUGCCAGAAGACGGGUUCCAGUAGAACGAUGGCUGAGAACAAUCAACUUCCAAAGUCAACAUAACUAAUUACUGUAGUGGAUUUUGCCCAAAAAAAAAAA